CAUUAAAGUGUCAACAGUUACUCUACAAGAUUAUCUAGGGUACAAGCCAAUCAAGCACUUCGGUAAAAAGAAACACGAUCGUGAACGUGCGUUACAGCUAAGUCAUGGAAAACACCGUUGAGAAACUGGAGGCUUUGUUUGCUAAAGCCGAGCGAGACUUGGAUUUUAUGUCUCGAACCCUUCGCAGCGAGUUUGCUGCUCAGUUUGAGGAGUCCGGAGAAGAAGAGCUCAACCCCGUCCACUUGGUGUCCAGACUGUCGAGGGCGCGAACGAGACUGGAGACUUUGCGAAGCGAGAGAGUGCGCUGUGAAGAAGAGAGAGCGAAAGUCGAAGAUGAACUGAGAGUGCUGACGACAGCGAAUGGCAACUUGUUGAGAAGUCUACAAGUGAAAGCAGGACUGAAGUAAGUGAUGAAAUUUUACGUGUAAAAGAGAAGGAGCUUUAGAGCAAGAGAGCCAGACCAUUGUUGAGACAGGUUCUUUGUAAUGGUCUUUGGACAUUGACUACACUGAGUAAUUUAGUUCUGUUAUUGUGGUGUUCUAUUUAUAGACAGGGAAUAAGACCAAGGGCUUGUUUGGGAUGCAUGUUCCCUGUAUUUUGUUAUUUACUUGGUGUGACACAUUACUUGUUGUAAAAAUAGUUUGCUAAGUAUGUAAUUUCAGCUUUGUUGAACAGUU